CAGGUCGUUUACGCGCUCUUUUUCUCUUGUACUCUGUCAUCUCUAUCAACUCUUAGACCACAAAUCCUCUCUCUCUCAAAGUUGAGUAUGGCUGUGAGUAGCGGCAGUGGUACAAGAAGGGAGCUAGAUCAGACGCCGACAUGGGCUGUUGCUGGGGUCUGUUUGGUCAUCAUCAUUAUCUCCAUUGCCUUGGAAAAAAUUCUCCACAAACUUGGAAUGUGGUUCACAAAAAGGCACAAGAAAGCUCUAUUUGAAGCUCUAGAGAAGGUUAAAGCAGAGUUGAUGGUUCUCGGUUUCAUUUCGCUACUCCUGACAUUUAGUCAGUAUUACAUUGCACGGAUAUGUACUCCUUAUAACAUUGCGAAUACUAUGUUGCCAUGUCCAGUGAGGGACAAAAUUAGUGCUGAGGGACGGAGGCUUUUAUGGUUUGAUCACAGAGUCUUAGCUGCUGGUGGCUAUGGUACUACAUGUAAGGGGAAGGUUCCACUCAUAACUGUCAAUGGACUGCAUCAGUUACACAUUCUCAUUUUCUUUUUAGCAGUCUUUCAUGUGAUAUACAGUGCUGUCACAAUGGCGCUUGGGAGACUAAAGAUUCGCCGGUGGAAGCAAUGGGAGCAAGAGACAACAUCCCAUCAGUUGAGGUUCAGGCUUGCUCAUGAGACAACUUUUGUGAGAGCACACACAAGUUUCUGGACCACGAUUCCCGUCUUCUUUUACAUUGGAUGCUUCUUCCAACAAUUUUUUAGGUCUGUUAACAAGUCUGAUUACUUGACCUUGCGCAACGGAUUCAUCCAUGUCCAUUUGGCUCCUGGAAUCAAAUUCAAUUUCCAAAAAUAUAUCAAAAGAUCAUUAGAAGAUGACUUUAAGACCAUUGUGGGAGUCAGUCCUGUCUUAUGGGCAUCAUUUGUGAUUUUCUUGCUCCUCAAUGUCUAUGGGUGGCAGGCUUUGUUUUGGGCAUCCUUAAUUCCUCUGUUUAUUAUCUUAGCCGUUGGAACAAAGCUCCAAGCUAUUUUGACAAGGAUGGCUCUUCAAACCACAGAAAGACAUGCAGUAGUUCAAGGGAUUCCUCUUGUACAGGGCUCAGACAAGUAUUUCUGGUUUGGUCGCCCACAACUAGUUCUUAAUCUUAUCCACUUUGCUUUGUUUCAGAAUGCAUUCCAGAUUACAUAUUUCUUGUGGAUAUGGUACUCAUUUGGGCUGAAAUCUUGCUUCCAUGAUAAUUUCAAGCUUGUGAUUGCAAAAAUCGCGUUAGGGUUUGGAGUCCUGUUCUUGUGCAGCUACAUUACCCUCCCACUGUAUGCCCUUAUAGCCCAGAUGGGCUCACACAUGAAGAAAUCUAUAUUUGAUCAACAAACAUCCAAGGCCCUUAAGAACUGGCACAAGGCUGCAAAAAAGAAGCAGGAUAAAGGGGGAGGAAAAUCUCCAGUUCAUUCCAGCCUAGGGGGAAGCCCACCAGUAGCUUCAGUAAGUUCAACAUUUCCCUCCCCCGGAGAAGCCACGCUCCACCAGUUCAAGACUACCGGUCACUCUACCCAUUCCUUCUCCUGCGAGGACCAUGAACCGUCUGAUUUAAAAGUAGAUAUGCCAUCGACCACAAACUUGAUGGUGAAAAUUGAUGAUGAUUUAGGGACUGAAACAAGUGCAACACACCCUGGCGAGGGAAGUAGAAAUGAAUAUGUCCAUCCUGGUGAUUCUCCCACUUCAUUCCAAUAAAUCCAAUCUAAGAUUCCACGUACUUCAAAAAAAUAUUACUAUUGGAAUAAAGGAGCUUGAUUAUACAUAGUGAAUGAAAUGUGGGCUGUGUCUAAUUAUCUACAAGUAUCA